GCUGUGCGCUGUGUGUGAGUAGAGGAAGUGUCCGCUCGCUCUGAGCGUGGAGCUUUAGCAUUAGCUUUAGCUCUUAGCAUCAGAUUUAGUCCGGGAAAUAAAUGAGUAAAUCUGCAUUUAGUCUGACUGUUUGUUAUUGUUGGUGUGGGCGCACCGUGACCCUUAGCACUGCCUCUUAAAGCCUCUAAAAGCCCACGUGGUUAGUGUUUAUUCAGAAGGCCUCCUACAAGCUUCUACACACCGGACCGGCGCUGUUGUUGUUAGCUCUUGUAUCAACACAUUUUCCACAGGUUGCGCCGUAAACUCAAAGGACUUUCAGCUGGGAGCGAACUUGGGGGUUGGAGGAAGUGUCCACGGACCAUUAUGUCUCUGUUAUCUGGCCGCUGGUGUUAGCUCGUUCUGUUGAGAGGCACCGGACAGUGUGCACCCCAGUGCUGCAUGUCCCCUGUUCUAUGGUGCUGCACUAGAGCCUGUCAGGGCCACUGCUUUCGCCUCAGUCUCAGAAGCAGUGCAUUUCUGUGAUGGAUCCAAGACAUCCUCCUAUGGGGCCUGACUGGGGUCCACCACCCCCUGGCUGGGGGGGACCUUGCCCAGACUGGGGCCCUCGUGGGGGCUGGCCUCCCCCAGAUGACUGGUGCCCUCCUCCUGGUGGCUGGGGACCCCGUGGACCCCCACCACCUGAUUUCUGGGGGCCUCGUGGGCCACCACCUGACUGGGGCCCUAGAGGGCCUCCAGGGUGGGGUCCUCACCCACCUCCGGACUGGGGCCCUGAGGACUGGAGAAGGGAGGAAGAGUGGCGCCGCUGGCAUGAAGAGUGUCGAGCCCGAGAUGCCUGGGGUCCACCAGGGGGACCACCAGGACCACCAGGGGGACCACCAGGGGGACCACCACCACCCUGGGACUUACCCCCAGAUCCAUGGGGCCCUGAGCCUCCUCCAUUGGGCCCACCACCUGCAGCCCUUCCCCCUCCAGGGCCCCAUCCGGAUUUACCUCCCCCAGGAGUACCUCCUAUGGGUGGCCCUCCACCAGGCUUACCUCUUCCAGGUGUGGGGUUACCUCCUCCUCCUGGGGUGCCUCCUCCAGGGAUUCCUCCUCCAGGGAUUCCUCCUCCAAUAGGUCCUCCUCCAGACUGUCCCCCACCCUUUGGCUUCCCGGGCUACCCUCCUGGGAGCUGGAGUGGAUCGAGUUCUGAGACCGACACAGAAAAGCCCAUCUGGAUUAAAGCACUGCUCUCUGCUCCUACCACCGCUGGAUCAAAGCCUGCUGAAGUGGACACUGUCACUGCUGUACCUGUACCUCCUCCUCCUCCAGGAACAGAGGCAGUGACUAAACCUCCAAAACCCAAGAAGGUCUCUAAACAUGUAGGCCUGCUGGGAAAACGUGUUUCUAAAGAACCUCCACCAGGCCGGUCCAUAGGUACAAUAUCUUACGUUGGGCCAUCAAGCGGCUACAUUGAGGGAGACGACAAGGAGAAGUACACCUUCACUAUUACUUCAUUUUUUGGGAAUCGCAAAGCAAUGGUGAAAGGAGUGAGAGUUCACUUCACGGCUGUUAAUGAAAGUAACAAGCACAUUGCCACAGACAUUAAGGUACCAGAUGGAGGGACAGCGGUUGUGGACCCUGAGAUCUACGAGGGCGUGGUGAGCCAGCCCCUAAAGGAGCCGGCGCCAGGCGAACGCCUUUGCCCCGGGCAGGUCAAUGUGACCAUCGGUAAACUCCUGACCAUCGUGACCUAUGAGAAGAAAGACUGCGAUGUCACUCUGCUGGAGGACGACCACAUCCUCCUGAACCUCCUCACCGACUUAGUCACAAACAAACGCAGAGCUACCAACAUCAGGCCCAAGAUCCCAGAGACCUUCAGCCACACGGGCGAGAUGCGGGAGAAGGCAAUAAUCCUGAGCCUGAGAAACCAAAGUGACGGUGUGAUCAAGUGCGAAGCUGGAGAGAUCCCUUUUGACAUCAAGGAAAACUUCAGCGAUGUGGAAUUUACGGAAGAAGACAUAAACGAAGAAGUGGAGUUCACCGUCAUUGAGCUCCAUGGAGUUAAGCGUGCCAUCCGGAUCCGCAGAGUCAGUGAGCCGCUGCUGUUCACUCUAAGUUCACUGGCCACCGAAGAGAUGGAGGAAGAGGAAGAAGAAGAGGAAGAGGUGGGGGCCCAGGCACAGGCAGUUAGAGAAGACCUGAGUGACCAACCACUGCAAAUGAGACCAGACAUCCCCCUGUCCAACUUUGAGCUGGACACAGAGCUGUAUGAGGGAGUUGUGAGCCAGCCCAUCAUCGAGGCCACGGCCACAACGAAGGGGUAUCCGGGUCAGAUUCACGCGAUGAUUGGAACAAACAAGACCAAUGUGACAUUUGACCACAGAGAUUGUGGAGUGACGCUGCUGAAGUACGACCAAGUGCUCAUGAACCUCCUCAUUGAUAAAACUAAGGGCAAGAAGAGAGCCGCUAACAUCAAGCCUAAAAUCCCGUUCACCUUCAACCACACCAAGGAGAAGAGGGAGAAGGGCGUCAUCAAAAAGCUGGGUGCAGUACAAGGCACCCUAAUUUCUGAGGAACAUGGAAACAUCCCAUUUGAUAAAAAGGAGAACUUCAGCGACACAGAGUUCAGCUCCAAUGACGUGGACAAAGAAGUGGAAUUUACCCUGACACAGGUAAAAACGAAGAAGCGCGCUAUCCGGCUCCGCAGACUCAAUCGAAUUUCUGAGCAGGUUUUGCUAGAACAAAAGAAACGACAGGAGCAAGAGGAGCUGCGGAGGCAGAAAAUGGAGGAGAUGAAACAGGAGCUGGAGAGGAAAAAGAGAGAAGAGGAGGAGAGCCGUUUGGAGGCGGAGCGGAAGAAAAAAGAGGAAGUGGCUGCAGCUUUGGCUGCUGCUCGAGACAAGUUGACUCCUCUGGGCUUCAUGAUGCGUGGGCCAGAUCCAGAUGAAGUUAGUAAAGACCGUUUCAAUGGCACUGUUCUAAAGGCCAUUUGCAAACAGCCUCCAAAGGAAAUCAAGAAGGAACCAGAGGAUCCAGAAUCAGAAACCGCCCAAAACGGAACCCCUCAGCCUGUGGUAAAAAUCAAGGUGGAGAAGGAGGAACCAAUGGAUGUGCCUACUAAACAAGAGAAAGAUGAAGAGAAGGAGGUGAAGGAGGAGAAAAAGGAGGAUAUGAUGUUGAGACCGGACAUUGGGCUGCUGGUGAUGACAGUAGAUGGACAGCAGAAGAAACUCUCUUUUGAACGCAAAGACCUACUGACACGGGCCACUAUGCUGGUCGGAGACAAGGUACGUUUUAACAUUGCAACUCGACAAGAGACCAAAGAGGAAAGAGCGGCCUACGUAGAGAUCCUCAGCGAUUCAUUUGUGGAGUCUGCAGAGGAACGACAUAAUGGCAUUGUGAUUGAGUUUUGUGAAGACUCGGGCUUGAUCAAAUGCAGCCAGAGCUCCCAGCUGUACUUCCACUUCUCUGAGGUCAUUGAGAGGAAGAAACUGGAGCUGAAUGAAAAGGUGGAAUUUAGCAUUGUGCCGCAUGAAACAUUGGAAGGCGAGCAAAGGGCGAUCCGGAUUAAACGUUACACUGAAAGCAUGUUUCUCCCCGUGAAGAAAUUGUCUGGAGUCACUGCCAACAAGCCCAAGCCAAUGACCAUCAAGCUGUCCAUGCCUUCUGAAGAAGAGAGAAAGAAGGCAGAGGCAGAAAAACUUAAGGAAAAACUAAAGAACCUGAGAACACAGGACAGUAAGAGCCGCAUUGCAAGCAGCCGCCACCGCUCCAGGUCCAAGAGUCAAGAGAGGGAUAAGUUUGGACGAGUGAAGUCAAAGCGCAGCUCUAGCAAAGAUCGCCACAGCCGAGACCGCUCCAAAAAACGCUCCAGGAGCAGAGACAGAUCCAGAAGGCGCUCCCGUAGCAGAGAGCACUCACGGAAACGCUCCAAGAGCUCCAGCUCCAGCAGGAGUCGCAGCAGAAGUCCAGAGAGAAGUCGAGACAAGAGCAGAGAACAUUCUAGAAGGAGCACCUACAGCCGUGAGAGAGAGGAAUACAGGCGCAGGCGCGAGUCAAGUCCCCGACCCCCACGCCACGUGGACGACGAACUGGCUCGGAAGAAAAGGGAACUAGAAGAACUCAAUGAGAUGAUUGCAUACAAGAAGGCUUUGGUGGAGCCCAGGGGCAUGGAGCCCAGCAUCAGGGAGCCCAGGGUCAUGGAGCAAGGAGGGAAGACCUGCAUUGACUAUGAGCAUGGCAGGAGAGCUGUUCCUCUGAAAGAGUUCAAACCAGUGGCUCCAGAAUACCCCCCUCCCAAACCUUAUGGGGACCCAUACUAUGACCGGGAAUACGAUGUGUAUAGGGAGCGGCGCUAUGCAGAUCCUUAUGCAGACAGGUAUGGUGAUCCGUACUAUGACCGCCGCCGCUAUGGAGAGCCAUCUUAUGAGGACAGACUCUACCCUGAGCCUCCUUAUGGUGAACCUUCCAGGCGCUACACUGACCGCUAUGAUGUGUACAACCCAUCCCCUGAGAGUCGCUACCUUGAUCCAAAAUAUCCACCAGGACCACCAGGACCACCUGGACCACCAGGACCGGGACAACUUUAUUGUGACGAUCCCUACCGCAGAGCGCCUCUAGAUCACAGUCCUGUACCACAGGAGAUCCUUACUCCCUCCGGGCCUCCCUUCAGACCACCAUCUCCAGAAGAUUCUCCUCCGAAGAGCCCUCCUCCUAAACAGCAGUCCCCACCGCCUCCAGUUGAAAAGCCUCCAUUAGAUCGGUUCCUUGACAUGCUUCACAAGAAGAAGGUUACCCAAGAGAGAUAUGUCAGCCCACCCAAAGAUGAGUUGCUUCCACAUGAGAGAGCACUACAAGAAGGCGCCACAGGUUUCUCUCAAAUCCUUGGACUGCCUGAAGUAAAACCCACCAGAAGUAUCUCACCCCCAAAACCCAUCAAACCACCAAGUCCUCCACCCAAAGAGCCAGAGAAGACAGAACCCUAUGACAAGAUCCAGAAUCUUCUGCGAACUAUUGGGCUGAAAUUCACCUCAGAUGACAUGACCAAACUCCGAACACAGGCUGGAAUAAUAUCGUCUGCUCCCAAGUCAGCUUCUUUGGAGAGGGAGGUCCAGCGAGCGGGCUCCAGCAGAACAGGUUCUAUGGAACGCCUUCACUCUUCAUCUCCAGUCAGAUCAGCGAGUUUGGAACCUGUCCGGAAGUCAGUCAAUGAAUAUGAAAGCUUUCUGGACCAACAGGAGUUAGAAGCUCUGCAGAAAGCUCAACAAAUGCAAAGUCUGACACGCUCCAUCAGUGAGGGCACGCCACCUCCCAGACCACCUCCAGGGCCCCCUCCUGCCCAGUACCAGCGCCCCCCGGUCCCAGACAGCUGGGAUGUCCAUAUUCCUCAAGCUUUUUCCAAUUCCAACAACCAGGCAUCUUAUCUGGAUAGUGCUUCUAAAGCUCCUCCUGGACCUCCUCCUGGACCCCCACCCAAACGUGCUGCAUCCCAAGCCCCACCAGGACCUCCGCCCGGGCCCCCUCCCAAACGGCAAGCUGGACAGGCCCCUCUCCUUUCGACACUGUCGUUCCUUGGACAGGCCACUUCUCAGAGUGCUCCUUCUGCUACUCAGGCACCCGGCCAAAGUUCUACCGACCCAGCCAUCUCCACCACUGUAGCCCGCUGCCUCCAAGUCAUCGAGACAGUCAGGACCCUGGCUCAGCCGCCAGCCAAACCAGCCAAAUCUGUGCAGUUCAAUUUACCCUCCGAGUCCAGCACCCAGGUCAUCGAGAGUGAGGAGGACAUCAAGAGUGUGCAGAAGGAGAAGUUGGAUCUGUAUAAUCAGCGAAUACUGGAGAAGAGGGAGCUGGACAAGAAGAAGUAUCUGGAGUCUCGAAAAACCCCAGACAAGAAUAAGGACGGCACAGCUGUGGUCCCAGCAAAGCCACAGAGUGUGGAGCAGAGGAACGUGUGGAUCUGUGGACACUCAUUGAUUUACUGGGCUGAGUCCCGAGCUAAAUCCCCAGAGGUGGGCAUGCAGCUGGGUAUGGACCCCAGCCAUGUCACCCUUUGGUGGAGGGGCACCCAGGGCAUGACCUGGUCACAGCUGCUGCCCCAACUGCAUCAGCUCAAAGUACUGUGGCCCAACCCCGACGUGCUCAUCGUCCACCUGGGGGGUAACGACCUUAACGACAGCCCCACAGACCUUCUGACGGCCGUGCGCAGAGAUUUAGCUUCCAUCAGGAGCAUCUUUCCGCACUGUCUUCUGGUCUGGUCCCACAUCUUGCCGCGUCGUGUUUGGAGACAUUCCAGCGACAGUCAGGAGGUGGACCUGGUGCGCACCACAGUGAACCGACGCAUUCACAGUGUGGUCACAGAGCUAGGGGGCGUGUCCUUAUCGCACGAUAACAUCCGGUGUGGCGCCAACACGGGUCUGUACCGCGCUGAUGGAGUGCACCUCAGUCCUAAAGGGAUCGAUGUGUUUAACCUCAACCUGCAGGACCUCCUGGAGAAAUGGGACCAGGAGGUAAACAAGCUCCAGUAGGUUCUUUACUGAGGAUGCUAAGAUGGAACAGCUGGAGAGGCUCUGAUCUGCUGGGUUUAGUCAGAAUUUAGGCCAGUCAUUUUAGCACUGCUAGUGCAACCUGUGUGUGAGAAUAGAACUGUGAUCACAGCUAGAGCUGAUGUUAUUAGUAAGCUCUGUCUUCAGUCUUAUCUCAUGCAUGUGUAAAAUUAUGUUUGAAUUAUUAGAUUGUUAAAAAUGUUAGAAUCAUAGACUGUAUAAAAGAAGAGGACUAAGAGAGUGUGACGUCACCCACAGCGUUCAGCGCCGCUCAAACGAGGCUCGCGAUGUUAACUGUUAGAUGAGUGAAUCUGAAGCCAGGCUCUAUGUUAUGAAAAGGAUUUUUUUGACUGACAAAAUAGUGAACAACAAAUUCAGGGUCGUGUGUCGCGUUUUAAUACAGACAUUUUAAGACCAAAAUGAUGAGGCUCAGUGCAGCAGGUAGAGAGAGAGGAGGAGGAGUCAGUUGGAGCCAGGGUCAGGGGGAGCUGGAAGAGCCUCCUGGCGAACUUCCUAUUUGACACACGGCGGAUCGAGCGUUAGCUGUGUCCCGCACCAGGACCAGCAGACAGUGGUCCUCCAGUCAAUCCAUUCUAGCAUUACUCAAAUCUUGAUACUUCUGCUGCGUUAGUUAGAGAAAACUUUGGGCUUGUGCAGUUUGUCAUUUUGUUUGCGGAUAAUUUACUCAAAUACACUUUUUCAAUCUAGUUCACUUAACAUGUACUUUUAAAAUGUAGUUCUUUAUUUGGAGCUCAUAAGUCAAAAGUGUUCGGAUUUAAAGCUAAUUUCUCAUUUCUUUAUAUUUACUGUUUCACAGUGGCUCUGAGUAAAUAAAUUCUUUUAAAUAAACCUGUUUGUGGUGUGUCAUUAAUGGGAAGUAACAUGUUUGCCUGUUUAGGAAGAGCAUUAAUUGGUGCAAAUUUGGAAUCUGAAGCUAAUAAAGGCCCAAACCAGCCUAUAAUGGUACAUGAGACUAAUGCCCCACUUUCAUAGAAGAGAUGUCCAUAAGAUUUUCUGAAUCAUCAUCUUGACCACCACUUCUAGAUCAACUUGCCUGGGUAAAGUUUGAGCCCUCAGGUUAAUUCACUUCAUAUUCUUUUUAAAGAUAGUCAGGAGACUGAUGUAGCAUCUUAUUUGGAAACCUUGCACAUUAAUACAAAGAAGAAUUGGCCUCUGAUUUAAGACAAAUGAUCACUACUUUCCAACUUUUGAAUGUUACAACAGCAUUUUAUAUAGUGUUAAUGCAAUAUUUGGAUUCAUUUUGUAAAUCCACUCCUGUUCAAAUGAUAUGUUGUAGUUAGCAUAAUUUAUUGAUUCAGUUCAGUUACUUUGAAUGUUUUUUCAUAAAUGUGUUAUUUGACCAUAACAUUUUUCUUCUAAAUAAC